AUGUCGGACAGCACUGCCGCAGGGGUAGCCAAAAUCCGCCAUGCCGAAAUGCUGGCACCAAAGGAGGAACGCAUCAUUGAAGAUCCGUAUGCGGAGUACUUCUACUUCGGAUCAACUGUUUCAAAGUGGAUCGGCCAUGCCAACUGCGUGUGGCUUUUCGAGAUGCUGGCACCAGGAUCAUAUGAGAUGCUGGUGGCAAGGACUCGUGUCAUUGAUGAGCUUGUAAAGACAGAGACUGCAGCUGGUGUCACUCAGGUCGUAGUCCUCGGUGCUGGGUAUGACAUGCGUUCCUUCCGCUUUCCGGUUCCUGGUGUGCGCUUCUUCGAAGUGGAUCAGCCAGCAGUUCAGAAGCGGAAGAAGGACAAGGUCGCCAGCAUCCCUGAUCUUCCAGCUGCCAAUGUUUACUAUGUGCCUGUAGACUUCUCCUGCCAGUCGCUGGAAGAGGAGCUUCGCAAGGUGCCUGAUUUCGAUGUGAGUGCCAAGACCUUGGUGACCCUGGAGGGUGUGAGCCAGUACAUUUCUCGGGAGGCCGUGUGCGCAACCAUCAAGGCGAUUGAUCGACUGACGGGCGCGGGGAGUACCUUCUUCCUGUCCUACGUGGAUGCCCAGUGCACCGAGCCCCAGAAGGUGGUAGGGCAGGGCUACAAGAACCCGGAGCGUGUCAAGCGCGUGGCCGCCGCAGCCGCCACCAUGGGCGAGCCCUGGGUGACUUUCUUUGAACAGAGUGAGGUGCCCGGCAUUUUGGAGUGCUCCCGUUUCAAGCUCGUCUCCGACGUGUCGACGGAGGAAAUCAGCAGGCAGUACUUCCCUGCGAGUCGGCAGGUGCCAUCUGAGAAGCUCCUUCAACUGGAGCGCUACGUCGUGGCCAAGAAGUGA